UGCAUGAAACCCUUGUGUGUCUGGACAGUGAUGAGAGAAGCAAGCGAUCGCACUGCUUAUUCGUAAUUUGAAAGACGUAACGGUUCAGCACUCAAAUUACCCAGUAUGGAUCACAUUGGGGAAAAUACUCCACGAACAUUUGAUAAUUUCUUUACCAUCGAAAGACAAGGUCUGUGUUGGCGUGUAACAUGGAAAAAUAGCCCCCGAUGUACCCAGGAUAAAUGGGAUUCAACCAGCCUCGGCAACCGUACCUCUUGGUAACGUUAUCAUGGUGCCAAGUCAUAGAGCUCAGUUUUACAUUGUCACAAUGUGCCGCCGCGUUUCGAUUUCAAUAUGAAUCAGCUCCUGUCAAAACUGAAGCAAAGGUCAUUUGUAUGAAUAGUACUGUACUGGUAUUACUGCCACAAGCAAAAGAAGGGCAUUACGCCUGUUUUAAGAAAAAGACAAAAGAGCUGUUUUCAGGCAGUACAAAUCGCCAGGGUAUCAUUAUUGCUGGUUACGUAUGAAAAAAAAUGAACAGAGUCAGCCGUUAAAGCCUAUAGAAUAC